AUGAAGCAUAACCUUAUAUUCAACCUAGCCAGAUCCCAAAAGCUAGUUCAUUGGAAUCAAAGCGGCGAUUGUUGUCAAUGGAAUGGAGUAGCAUGCAGCAAGGGACGUGUAAUUAGUCUCGACUUGAGUGAAGAAUUUAUCACCGGAGGCUUGGACAAUUCGAGUCUCUACGACCUAGAAUAUUUGCAAAAUUUGAAUUUGGCACACAAUGACAUCCAUUCUUCGAUUCCAUUAAAGUUUGGCUUUCUAAAGAAAUUGAAGUAUUUGAACUUGUCAAAUGCUGGAUUUCAAGGGCAAAUUCCAGUUGAAAUUGCUCAUCUAACCAAGCUAUCUACUCUCGACUUGUCCACAUCAUUUACCUCACAAAAAACUCUAAAACUUGAGAAGCCAAAUUUAGGAACACUUUUGCAAAACCUCACAGAACUGGUAGAAUUAUAUCUAGAUGGUGUAAAGGUAUUUGCCACUGGAAAGGAAUGGUAUCAUGCCAUAUCUUCAUUGCACAAACUUCAAGUUCUGAGCAUGUCAUCCUGCAACCUCUCAGGACCAAUCGAUUCCUCACUAUCAAAGCUUCAGUCACUUUCAAUUGUUCAAUUGAGCUUGAAUAAUAUGUCAAGCCCAGUGCCAAAAUCCUUGGGAAAUCUAUCAAGUUUGACCACUCUACAACUUAGAGGUUGUGGAUUGACUGAUGUUUUUCCAAAGGGUAUCUUCCAAAUACAAAAACUAAAGGUCCUUGAUGUAUCAGAUAAUCAAGACCUUUGUGGUUCAUUGCCAAAAUUCCCACAAGGUGGACUUCUUCAAACCUUGAAUGUUAGCAAUUCAAAUUUCUCUGGGCCAUUACCCGGUACUAUUUCCAAUUUGAAGCAAUUGUCUACAUUGGAUCUAUCUAACUGCCAAUUCAAUGGAACACUCCCUCUCUCAUUAUCAAGACUCACCCAGCUCUUUCACUUGGACUUGUCAUUCAAUAACUUCAGUGGUCCUCUUCCAUCGCUCAAUGAGUCCAAGAAUCUCAAAUAUUUAUCCCUUUUUGAAAAUGAUUUCACAGGUCAAAUUACAUCUACUCACUGGAAAGGACUUUUAAAUCUCGUUAGCCUCAAUUUGGGUGAUAACUCCUUCAAUGGGAAAGUACCCCCAACUCUCUUUGCACUUCCAUUUCUACAGGAGCUUAUCCUUUCUCAUAAUAAUUUUGAUGGUGUAUUGGAUGAAUUCCAAAAUGCAUCUUUCUCCUCAUUGCAGUUUGUUGAUUUAAGCAAUAACAGGUUCCAAGGACCUGUUCCUAUGUCUUUUCUUCAUUUUAGAAGUCUUGGCUAUCUCCAUCUUUCUUCAAAUCAAUUCAAUGGCACCAUACGAUUAGAUGUGUUUCAAAAGCUGCAAAACCUACGUAUAUUAGGCCUUUCAUACAACAACUUGUCGGUUGAUACCACUUUCACCGAUGAUCAUGGCCUUUCAUCAUUUCCUAGUUUGAAAAAUCUAUAUUUGGGUAAUUGCAAGUUAAGGAAAAUUCCAGCUUUCUUGAGAAAUCAAUCCCAACUGCUUGCUUUAGACUUGUCUAACAACCAAAUUCAAGGAAUGAUACCCAAUUGGAUUUGGAGAUUUGAUAAUAUGCUCAAUCUGAACCUAUCCAACAAUUUUUUGAUAGGCAUGGAAGGACCCUUUGAAAAUCUCAGUUGUAAUACGUGGAUGGUUGAUCUUCACAACAACCAACUUCGUGGGUCAAUUCCCAGUUUCAUAAAAGGUGCUGUCCAUUUGGACUUUUCAAGCAAUAAAUUCAACAUUAUCCCAUCGGACAUAAGAAGCUGUCUUCGUUAUACAUAUUUCCUGUCCCUCUCAAACAAUAGCUUUCAUGGGAAAAUCCCUCAAUCCUUUUGCAAUUGUUCUAUUCUACGGAUGCUCGACCUUUCCCAUAACAACUUUAAUGGCUCCAUGCCCGGGUGUUUGACCUCAAGAAGCAGUACUCUAAGGGUAUUAGAUAUAGGUGGAAACAAACUUACAGGACCUUUAUCUAACACAAUUUCAAGUUCGUGUAAUUUAAGAUUCCUCAAUCUCAAUGGGAAUCUCUUGGGGGGUGCUAUUCCAAAGUCUUUAGUCAAUUGUCAAAAAUUAGAAGUCUUGAACUUGGGAAAUAACAUAUUGAGUGAUAGAUUUCCAUGUUUCUUGUGGAAUAUUUCUACCCUCCGAGUGAUGAUUUUAAGGACAAACAAACUUCAUGGUCCCAUUGAAUGUCAACAGAGCACCGGUAAUUGGGAGAUGCUUCAUAUUGUUGAUCUAGCCUCCAAUAACUUCUCUGGUACCCUACCACAAGCACUUUUGAGAAAUUGGAUAGCAAUGGUUGGUGAUAAAGGUGAAACACAACAAAAGUCUGGAAAUUUAUUUUUUGACUUGUAUGACUUUCAUCAUUCUGUUCGUUACAAGGAUGCAUUGGCUUCUAUUGACAAAAUUCUUGUCAUGAAGUUGGCCAAAAUUUUAGCAGCUAUACCUCGUUUGGCCACAGACAUUAUGUUCUCUUAUUUUGUGAAUGCUUACCAAUUGCAAUUUGGGGGAGCCUACUUAGAUUCAGCUACGGUUGUCAACAAAGGCUUGCAAAUGAAGUUUGUCAAAAUUCCAACCAUCUUUGCUUCAAUGGAUUUGUCAUCAAAUCAUUUUGAAGGUCCAAUACCAGAAGAGCUUAUGAGUUUUAGAGCAUUGAUUGUUCUUAACUUGUCACAUAAUGCUUUUUCAAGCCAUAUACCAUCAUCUUUGGGAAAUUUGACCCAACUUGAGUCCUUGGACCUAUCAAGUAACCUUUUGAGUGGAGAAAUUCCUACUGAGAUUUCAAGUUUAUCUUUCCUCUCAGUUUUGAAUCUCUCUUUUAAUCAUCUAGCAGGGAAAAUUCCAACGGGAACGCAAAUUCAAUCUUUUGAAUCAGAUUCCUUUGAAGGGAAUAUAUGGUUAUGUGGACCCCCACUAACCAAAAAUUGUAUUGAUGAUGAGUCACCAACAACACCAUCUCUAGCUUAUGAUGAAACACAUAGCUCAAUUGAUUGGAACUUUCUAAGUACUGAGUUGGGAUUCAUUUUUGGACUUGGAUCAAUCAUCCUUCCCCUUAUUGUUUGGAAGAGGUGGAGGCUAUGGUACAUCGAGCAUGUGGAGGAUUUACUUUGUUGGAUUUUUUCUCAACUUUAUUUUGUAUAUCAACAUCAUGGAGACCAAAAAUACAGGUCUUUAAGGUGGAGGUGGGGUUGA